GGCUGUGUAUACUGAAAGUCACCAGUCAGUACUGGAGAAGAGUGAACUACCAGAGGAGCUGCUGGAGCCUCUGGGUCACAGAUCAGGAGCUUUUUCACUUUGGCACCAGUGACAGAGAGGACAGCUGCCGUUGGAGAUGACUGGACACUACAGGAAGAGCAACAUCCACUCUGGGAACUUUUCUCUGUCCUAAAGUUUGAGCCUCACUGAGGAAGUUUGAUCUAAGAGGCACAAAGAUUGGAGGACUUCUGCCUAAUUUAGGAAUUAAGCCCUCAAAGAGGAUCAGUUGGAUAAUAGCCUCAACCAAACUUUAAGAUGAAGACUCAUCUCCUCUGCUUGGAGUUACUCCUCUUGGCGGGUCACAUCCUUGUAGCCAGUGGUCAGAUGGAGCCAAAGAAACAAGUGCCCCAAGAGCCUUCUACUGUUACACAGAGACUUGGGCUUGUGGAGAGAGAUGUGCAAGGUCCGGUGAGACCAAACAUUACAAUGCCCCGCCGUCGACUACUUCCCAUGUGCACUGGACCCACGGAAAUCCGAGACACCUUCAAGUACAUAAAUACGGUGGUGUCCUGCCUGGUGUUCGUUGUGGGUAUUAUUGGUAAUUCCACUCUGCUUAGGAUCAUCUAUAAGAAUAAGUGCAUGCGUAACGGGCCCAACAUCCUGAUCGCCAGCCUGGCACUUGGAGACCUGCUACACAUCAUCAUCGGCAUUCCCAUUAAUGUUUACAAGCUCUUGGCAGAGGACUGGCCUUUCGGCGUGACUCUCUGCAAGUUGGUGCCGUUUGUCCAAAAAGCUUCUGUGGGGAUCACAGUGCUGAGUCUGUGCGCUUUGAGUAUUGACAGAUAUCGUGCUGUGGCCUCAUGGAGCCGUAUCAAAGGAAUCGGAGUUCCAAAAUGGAUGGUUAUCGAGAUAGCGCUGAUCUGGAUAUUAUCCAUCAUCCUGGCUGUGCCAGAGGCAAUAGCCUUCGAUAUGAUUACCAUGGACUACAAAGGAGAACACUUGAGGAUCUGUUUGCUGCAUCCCAUGCAGAAAAGUAGCUUUAUGAGGUUUUAUAAAACAGCGAAGGACUGGUGGCUCUUCAGUGUAUAUUUCUGUCUGCCGUUGGCCUGCACUGCUAUCUUUUACACCCUGAUGACGUGUGAGAUGUUGAGGAAGAAGAAUGGUGUCCAGAUCGCUCUCAGUGACCACCUCAAACAGCGAAGGGAGGUGGCUAAGACGGUGUUCUGUCUGGUUCUGGUCUUUGCUCUGUGCUGGCUCCCUCUCCAUCUCAGUCGUAUCCUCAAGCUCACCAUCUAUGAUGAGAGAGAUCCAAACCGCUGCGAACUGCUCAGUUUCUUUUUGGUGUUGGACUACAUUGGCAUCAACAUGGCAUCUGUCAACUCCUGCAUCAACCCGAUCGCCCUCUACAUGGUCAGCAAGCGCUUCAAGAACUGCUUCAGGUCCUGCCUGUGCUGUUGGUGUCUCCCAGCGGAGAUGCUGAUGGAUGAGAAGCAGUUGUGCAUGAAGCUGAAAGUGACUGACCGAGCCUCCGAGCAGAGCAACUCCCGCAUGACCAACAAAUCCACUACAGCCUGAAAAGAAGUAAGAAAGGAGGGGAUAUGAGGUUAAAAAAUUCCUAAAUAUUGAAGUAUGGAUGACUGAAUGAGGCUAUGUGCCCGUUCUUGCCUCAUCUACAACACCAUAUGAAGUCUCUUUUAAAUUUGAGCAGACAUGCUUUUGGAAAUUAGCCCUCACUGAGACGAAACUCCUUCUAAACUCAAUCUCUGAACGCAUGCCAUCAUGGACCGCUGCACGCCCUCCCUGUCCAAGAAGAAAUUGGCGUCAGUGCACUUCAAAAGCUGUAUUUUUGGACAACAAAUGUGAGAUGCGUGAAGCAGGCAAAUGGGUGUGAACAAAAUCAAAUAUCGAGAACUGAGCAGGGUCGAGGUUCAGCACAAAUGUUAUGUCAAACUGUCGAUUAGCGAAGACAGCUCAUCAGGCUCGCUGCCUGGAUAGUGAAUGUUACAAAGUGCUGCAUUGUUUGGACACCAGUGUGACACUGUGUCGAUACCACACGCUGCAGCAGCUUGGAAGAGUUUAACCAGUCAAUUUAAUGCUCUUGUUGAGAUUUGUUUAUUUUGUGAUGUAUUUCCUUUAAUAUGUAUGUAUGAAUGUAUGUAUGUAUGUAUGUAAGUAUUUAGCAUUUUGCGUACUUUAAAUGCCUUUAAAUGCAUUGCCUCUGUGUCAUUUUCCCAUUAGUUAUUGAACUACUGAUGUUGAGUGAUUUAAGCUGUUUGACCAUUCAGUUACUGUGUUAUAUCUGGUCUGUUGUUAAGGUUUUAUGCUUUUUGUGACUGUACCUCCCACAUUAUUUUAAACUAACUCCUUACCUGAGCUGGUAUGACAAAAGCUAGCGUUUUCUUCUUGCAAUAAAUAUAACAAACAACAAACUA